AUGUUCAAUAAUUCAAAUGGUCAAUUUCCACGAUCAAUACCGGGCACCACUAAUGUGGACCCAAGAGAAAUUUUUGGUCAUCCACCUGAACAAGUUGUUUUCCAUCAAAAUCCAAAUAAUUCAGCUGCCUGGUUUCAAUUUAGACCAUCUCCGAUGUCAGUAAUGCAAGAUUUUACUACUGAUCAGAUGAAUUUAAAAACUAAUUCUCAGAAAAACGAAGAAAUUCCAAAAUUUGAUUUUGAAUCAAUCUUAAAAUCACAAAUAAAUCAGAUCAAUCCGACGAGCACGACUCAAAAUAUACAAAGUUCUAAUGAUUUUGAUGCAUUUCUCGGUCUUGAAAAUACAAAACCAGAUAAUUCUCCAUUUUUAACAGAAAAACCUGCUCAAAAUGAAGAAUAUCAUGAUCCUGACUUUGAUGUCUUUAAAAAGCCAAAAGAUUUACUCUCUUUUCAAGAAAAUAUCUCAUCAUCGAAACAAACUGAAACAAAACAGAAUUCUAAUGAUAUUUUUGGACUACUUGAUCAGGUUCAAUCCCAAAAAGCAGUACAAUCAAAUCCUUCAUUAGAUAUUUUAUCAAAUUCUAAUUCAGAUCCAGAUUUUGAUGUUUUCAACAAGAAAUCUGCUUCUAACCAACCUCUUCUCUUUAUUGACUCUGCUACUUCGCAGCCAAAGAAUGAAAUGAAUUUAAUUGACUUUUCAAUUCCAAAAAUACCUCAAAAACAACAAAACAAACAACGGCAUAAUAGUAAUGACUUAAUAAGCUUUGAUAUGACUAAAAGGAAAGAAACAAAUAACUUAAUUCAGUUUAAUAAGAACUUAGAAAAAGAAAAUUUGAAAAAACAGAAAGAAGAAAUAGAAAAACAAAGAAAAUUAGAUGAAAUAAAAAAGAGAAAAGAAGAACAAGAAAAACAAAAGAGAAUUGAAGAAAUGAAAAGAAUGGAAGAAAAACAGAAAGAAGAACAGAGAAGAUUGGAGGAACAAAAGAGAAUUGAAGAAGAAAAACAGAAGAGAAUUGAAGAAGAAAAACAAAAGAAAUUGGAAGAAGAAGAACAGAGAAGAUUGGAGGAACAAAAGAGAAUUGAAGAAGAAAAGCGAAGAGAGGAAUUAGAAAAACUAAAGGAAAUUGAGGAGGAACAAAAAAGACUGAAAGAGAUGAAGAGGAUCGAAGAAGAAAAGAGAUUAAGAGAAGAGCAAGAAAAACAGAAAAUGUUGGAGGAACAAAAGAAAUUGGAAGAAGAAAGAAUUGCAGAGAUGAAGAGAAUUGAAGAAGAAAAAAGACAAAAAGAAGAAUUAGAAAAUAAGAGAAAACUUGAAGAACAAAAACAAAGAGAGGAAUUACAGAAACAGAAAGAAAAAGAAGAAGAACAAAAGAAAAUUGAAGAAGAAAAGAAAUUAAAAGAAGAAAAGCAGAGAAAAUUAGAAGAAGAGAGAAUUGAAGGGGAAAAACAUAAAGAAGAAUUAAAGAGACAAAGGAAAAUAAAUGAGGAAGAAGAAGAAAACCAGAAGAAACUAGAAGAAAAAGUUUUGUUUGAAAAUACAAAAUCAGAAACAAAUAAUAUAAAAACAUUCUUUUCUUCUGAUGAAGAUAAUACAAAUCAAGAAGAAGUUAAAUGGGAGUUUGGAGAUGAUAAAGAGUUUGAAGGAAUGGAAGUUGUUGAUCUUCUCUCUAAAGAUAACGAUUCUGAAGAAGAAAACGAGAUAAAUAAUGCUGUUUCAAGAGAUGUAGAUUUGAAUUUAAUUGAAGAACAAAGUGAAAACAAAGAAAAUUCAUCAAAUCAAACAAAAUCUGAAGCAAAAUUUUCUGAUUUUGGAGAAUCUUUGAUCAAAAAAGAAGAAAAUCAAACAAUUUCUUUUCAAUUUGAUGAAAACAAAAAUGAUAAUUUGGGAGGAUUUUUCUCAUUUGAUGACGAAAAGAAGGAAGAAACUAAACUUGAUGAACCCAUAAUCAAUAAAGAAGAGAACAAUUCUUUAUUUGAAAACAGUGAAAAAGAAACAGAUAACUUAGGAGGAUGCUUUAGUUUCGAUGAGAAUGAAACAGAAACAAAAAUAAGUGAAAUGAAAGAAUCAUCAAUUAAAACAGAAGAAAUUAAACCAUCUUUUCAAUCUUUAGAAGAAAACAUUAAAACAAGUGAUAAAGAUGGAUUCAAUCCUUCUUUCCCAACAGAAGAUCAAUUAAAUAAUGAGAUUUCAAAACAAGAAACAGAUAAUUUAGGAGGAUCUUUCGAUUUUGAUGAAACAGAAACUAAAAUCAGUGAAAUGAAAGAAUCAUCAAUUAAAAAUGAAGAAUUUGAAUUUCCAUCUGAUCUUCAUUAUGAAGAAAAAUCUAAAGAAGAAAAUAAAUCUAAAACAGAAACAAAAAUAAGUAACUUACAAGAAUCUUUGAUUCAGAAAGAAGAAUUCAAUCCUUCCUUCCCAGCUGAAGAUCAAUUUGGAGAUAAAUCAACAUCUGAAACAGAUAAUUUGGGUGGUUUCUUUGAUUUUGGUGAAAAUGAAAAAGAUAAAUUUGAAAAUAAUGAAACAGAAACAAAAGUUAGCGAAAUGAAAGAGUCAUUAAUUAAAAGUGAAGAAAAUACUAAUUCUCUUCCUUCAGAAAUUCAUUUCGAAGAUAAUUCAAAAGAAGAAAAUCACUCUGAAACAGAAACAAAAAUCAAUGAUUUGCAAGAAUCUUUAAUCGAAAAAGAGGAAUUUAAUCCUUCUUUUCCAGAAGAAUUUCAAUUUAAUAUUUCCAAACCAGAAACAGAAAAUUUGGGAGGAUUCUUCGAUUUCGAUGAAAAUGAAAAAGAUAAAAUUGAAAAUAAUGAAACAGAAACUAAAAUCAGUGAAAUGAAAGAAUCAUCAAUUAAAAAUGAAGAAUUUGAUUUUCCAUCUGAUCUUCAUUUUGAAGAAAAAUCAAAAGAAGAAAAUAAAUCUAAAACAGAAACAAAAAUAAGUGGAUUACAAGAAUCUUUGAUUCAGAAAGAAGAAUUCAAUCCUUCUUUUCCAGAAGAAUUUCAAUUUAAUAUUUCCAAACCAGAAACAGAAAAUUUGGGAGGAUUCUUCGAUUUCGAUGAAAAUGAAAAAGAAGAAACUCAAAAUACAACAGAAGAAAAAACUAAAUCAGAAACAAAAAUUAGUGAUUUACAAGAAUCUUCAAUCAAUAAAGAGGAAAUCGAAAUCUCUUUCCCAACAGAAGAUCAAUUCCAUUCUGAAAAUCAAGAAGAAACAAAAGAUGAAACAGAAAAUCAACUUCAAAAUGAAAAUAAUGAGAACCAAUUAGAAGAAAAAGAAGAAAAUGAAUUCGGAAUUUCUUUCCCAACAGAAGAAUUUAAUGUUUCUUUCCCAACUGAAAAUGCUUCCGAACUCAAAACAGAUAAUUUAAGCAACUUCUUUUCUUCAGAUGAUGAAAAGGAAAAAGAAUCAGUCAACGUUUCUUUCCCAACAGAAAAUCUUAUGGAUGAAGAAAACCACGAAAAAUCAGAAAUAACUCCUGAAAUUUCGUUCCAAACUGAAGAAAAAGAAAAUGAAGUAGAAAAUUCUGAGAACUUCGAUAUUUCUGAAUUCAAAAUUCACUUUUUCGAUCCAGAAAAAGAAGCAAAAUCAUUUAAUGACAACCUAAUUCUCAAAAACAACUUCGCAACAACGAAAUUCAAAGUUCUUCAGGAUCAAUACGAACAGAAGCAAAAAGCAAACGAAAAUAACUUAACAAUAGAACAAAUAAACAACAUGAUUGUCAAUGAGAACUCUCAGUCUACUUCUGUUGUUUUCGUGAACGAAAGCCAAACUCAUGACGAAGUAACAAACUUGAAUGAAACAGAAGAAAUUGGAAAUUUGGAAAUUGAUGAAAUAAUUGAACCUAAAAAUCUCCAAAUUGACAACGAAGAAAUCAACUCAAUAAAAGAAAUCACAGCGAAAGAAGAACAAAAUAAAGAAGAAAUAAACAUUACCAAACCAGAAAAUGAAGAAAGCAAAUUAGCUCAAGAAGAAUCACAUAAAGAACCAGAAGAAACACCAAUGAAUGAAGCAGAAGAAGAAAAUCAAGAAAAGUGGAUAGAUAAUAAUCCGAAUGAAAGUGUUGAAUUUACAGAAGAAUUCGAGAAUUUUGUUGAAAAAAUAGAAAAUGAAGAAAAAGAAACGAAUGAAUCUUCUCAUUCAGUAGAAACUCAUAAUAGUCGAAGUAUUGAUGAUAUAGAAGCAGAUACAAAUCUCUUUAUUUUCCCAGAGUUCAUUCCAUUGGAUGAAUCAAUAGAAAUUGAAGAAGAGGAAAAAGAGGAAAAUGAUGAUAACUCUAAUUUUGUUUCUUCUUAUAUCAAUAAAAUCAAGAAGAUGAAAGAAAAAGCACAACUCAAGCCAAUCAAAGAAACAAUCUCUUAUAAGAUUUUCGAUCAAUACUUCAGAGAAAACUUUAAAUAA